UGUGUAGCUUCCAAACCAAAUACCAAAUCCAAAUUAUUAUUUUAUUUACAAAAUUAAAUAUAACCAUGUUUGAUGAACUGCCAUAAAGCAAAAUGAAAAUCCGAAGGAGAUCUGGCAGGCCGACUGCAGGAAAUAUCGACGAGGACUGCAACGAUAAAAAUGGGAAGAACUCUUUAUUUGAUAGCGAUUGUGGCUAUUACCAUCAAAUCAUCUAUCCAUUGCUGGUCUCGGGCUCCGAAAAAUAUCUAAUCUGUUGGUUGAAGACUAUUCACCUUAUAAAAUCAAAACAGACUUGUUCGAAGAAGAUGGCUAGUGGUGUGUGCAACAGUCCUAUGAGUUUGAUAGACUCAAAAGGACCAGAUUUCUUACAGUGGAAGUGCAAAAUGUGCUCGAAGAAAAAGUCUAUUAGAGACGAUUCGAUAUUUAAUGGCCUCAGAUGUAACUUUAAGGAUGCAAUAAGGAUAAUACUGGCAUGGUGCAAGGGGUACCAUGUCGACGAUGUAGCAAAUAUGUUAAGUCUUAAUAAUUCUGUAAUAGAAGAACUCUAUAUAAGAGCAGCUAGUCUUGCCGAGAAAUGUAUGAAGUCAAAUAUCGGAGACUGGCAAAUUGGUGGACCUGGCGUUAUAGUCAUCGUCGACACCUACCCUGAAGGCUGUACAAAUACCAAUAUGAUAAGAAUGACCAGACCCAUUCUGUGCAUUUCGGAAGUAAAGAGCAUCCCUCAAAAGUACUGGCUUGAAGCUCUAGACCGUUUCGCUUAUCACGAUACCGAACAUAUAAAUUCUUUGAAGCAGCGCAUAUUACGGACAAUCCGAGCAGUAGUUCGUCCGGGAUCUAUAAUAGUAACCCCUGUAAGAUCAACGUUGUGCUCUCACAGUGACUUUCAGUCCUUGGCAACGAUUUACCCUACUAUCGUCAGCGUAGAUGUUUUGGCAAAGCACAACAAUGAUCACCAGAAUGUCUUCACCAAUAUGGAAACUAUUUGGAAACAGGUAUUGGAUAUUUGCGAGGAAGCUCAGUUUUAUUGCAGCUCUUACAUAGACUUGUUUGUGGUAAGUCACAUGUGGAGGGCUGUGUACGGUAAUGAAGCUUUUGAGAGGUUGUUGUUUCAAAUAAGUGCAAUGCAGUAGGGCAAUUUCUUGAUGUUAGUUUUAUUAUUAUCUGCUUAUGUUUCUUGACAUAUAAUUUUACUGAUGUUCUGAAUGUUCUCUUAAUAUUAUGUAUGUAUUUUCAAUCUUGACAGUUUGAAUGGGUUCUAGGAAUUUAUUGACUUGGUGUUAAAAACUCAAAAAACGAGUCGGGUUCGGAGGAUUCUGCAAAAUCAUCAUUGUAUUUACUCAUCUCCAUAUCCUCUAGAUUUUCUCUUCCUUGCUUUCUUUCUUCAGUCUCGUUUUUCAAAACUUGCUGGUCAAUGCACCGAUAAAGACCAGUUUUGCACCCUAAUGUGAUUGGUGACAAAGAUGUACAUAUUUGUGAUGAAUUCACCGUUAUUAAACAAUUGAAUCCUUCAAAUUUAAAACAUUGGUUUUUGGAAUAUUUGACAAUUAUUAUUUGAAACAAAAAUUAUUAGUGAGUCGGGAUUUUAUUUUAUUUAAGAAAAAAUACAGUUCAUGUAUAUAAAUUAAAAUUCAUACAAAAAUUCCUACUUCUUCAGUUAAAGCUUAUUUUUAAAUUUACCAUAUUGUAUCAAGAACCGAUUUUCCUGAUAAUUAUAAAUCAAUUCAAAACUGGUAUUUUCGGUAGUGACGGGCAGAAUCGAGUGGUACGGUUGUAGAUAUACAUUUUUAUUAUAUAGUUUUGUAAACAAUUAUUUAAAUUUGCGGUUUUUUAAAUAUUUUUAA